AUGCACCAGAGGGGUGAACCUACAGAAGCAGGAGCCACCCACUUCCAGUUAUUCAAGAUGGUGAAGACCACAUGUCUCCACCAACCCAGCUCGGCACCACUCACACUCAAAGAAAAACUGGAUGAAAUACUCACCAACUUCUGGAGCCAUUUGCAACGAAGAGCCAGUGAGUACCAGCAACAGCAUACCAUCCUUGAGACCCAAACGCAGCCAUCUCAAAGACAUCCCCGGCAUCCUCAGCAACUGAUUUUAGCUUUGUGUCUGGGCCGAGCCAAAUGGCAUCGGAAACGCCUGAAUUCCUGCAGAGUGGCCCAAGCCAAACACAACUCACCAACGCAACGGCUCAAACAUUGGACUUUUCUUAAGCUGUCCAGAGAGUCAGGCGUGCUGGAGAGGCCAUGGAGGCCGAAAUUGAGCAUACCUCCAAACUUAAUUGUGACACUACCACGGCCUUCGCACAGAGUCCUGUGUCAAGGGACUGUUUGGCUGUACCUACACUCUGUCGAACCACUAAGUGGCAUACACUGA